CGACAGGUAGUAUAAAAUGCUGUUCAAUUCGUAUCCUAAAUCAGUCGAAGCUGCUCAGUGCUCAAUUACAGUACUUUGUGAGCAGCUGAAGUUCCUCAGUAAUCUUAUUUCAAUAUGGGUGUAUUUAAAAUGUUGCUCUUAGUGGUAUCGCUGAUAGCGUACUCUAAUUCAGCUUCCGUCCAUGGUGGUCAUGGUGGUCAUGUUGGUCGCGGUGAUCAUGGUGAUCAUCACAUGAAUAGACGGAGUGCACAAUACUACACCACUGCAGCUCCCUACUACACUACUGUCGCAUCUUACUACACCGAGGCUCCGUAUUACACUACGCCAGCUGCUUACUACAGCGAGGCUCCGUAUUACACUACGCCAGCUGUAUACUACAAGGAGGUGUAUGGACACCGUGCAAUGAAGCGCAGUGUUCCAGCUCAGCAGGCAGCCCCAUACUACACCACGGCAGCCCCGUACUACACCACGGCAGCCCCGUACUACACCACGGCAGCCCCAUACUACACCACGGCAGCCCCAUACUACACCACUCCGUAUAUCACAACUGCGGCUUACUAUUCCGGUGGAUACGGUCAUCAUGCGAAGAAACGUAGUCCACAAGGUAUGCCACCCGCAAUGCGUGUUCAGGCGCCAUACUACAAUGCACCACCUGCAACGACAGCUCCUUCGUAUACGGUGCCAUACUACACCACUGCCGCCCCCUACUAUACUGAGGCUCCGUACUACACCACUGCUGCCCCCUACUACACCACUGCUGCCCCCUACUACACUGAGGCUCCAUACUAUCCAACUGCCGCCCCCUACUACACUGAGGCUCCAUACUAUCCCACUGCCGCUCCAUACUACACUGAGGCUCCAUACUACACCACUGCUGCCCCUUACUACACUGAGGCUCCGUACUACAUCACUGCUGCCCCUUACUACACUGAGGCUCCGUACUAUCCCACUGCCGCUCCCUACUACACUGAGGCUCCGUACUACACCACUGCUGCCCCUUACCACACUGAGGCUCCGUACUACACCACUGCUGCCCCUUACUACACUGAGGCUCCGUACUACACCACUGCUGCCCCUUACUACACUGAGGCUCCGUACUACACCACUGCUGCCCCUUACUACACUGAGGCUCCGUACUACACCACUGCUGCCCCUUACUACACUGAGGCUCCGUACUACACCACUGCUGCCCCUUACUACACUGAGGCUCCGUACUACACCACUGCUGCCCCUUACUACACUGAGGCUCCGUACUACACCACUGCUGUCCCUUACUACACUGAGGCUCCGUAUUACACCACUGCUGCCCCCUACUACUCUGAGGCUCCGUAUUACACCACUGCUGCCCCCUACUACACUGAGGCUCCGUACUACACCACUGCUGCUCCCUACUACACUGAGGCUCCGUACUACACCACUGCUGCUCCCUACUACACUGAGGCUCCGUACUACACCACUGCUGCUCCCUACUACACUGAGGCUCCGUACUACACCACUGCUGCUCCCUACUACACUGAGGCUCCGUACUAUCCCACUACUGCCCCUUACUACACUGAGGCUCCGUACUACACCACUGCUGCCCCUUACUACACCACUGCUGCCCCUUACUACACCACUGCUGCCCCUUACUACACUGAGGCUCCAUACUACACCACUGCUGCCCCUUACUACACUGAGGCUCCAUACUACACCACUGCUGCCUCCUACUACACUGAGGCUCCGUACUACACCACUGCAGCACCCUAUUACACUGAGGCUCCGUACUACACCACUGCAGCACCCUAUUACACUGAGGCUCCAUACUACACCACUGCAGCACCCUAUUACACUGAGGCUCCAUACUACACCACUGCAGCACCCUAUUACACUGAGGCUCCGUACCACACCACUGCAGCACCCUAUUAUGCUGAAACUUACGCUCCCGCCUACAAAUAUGAAGUUCCAGUUUACACCACACCUAGAUAUUACGCUCCUCCAAUCUAUUAAUUAUAGUCCAUUUAUUACCUGGUGUUUAAAGUUAUUAUAUAUUAUUCGGAGCAUGUUAAUAAAUUCUGUUAUACGCUGGA